GUGUUUUACACUUCCGUGUUGUUUUGUUACCAUAUUUCUUCUGUAUGUCGCAUUUUAUGUUUUUGUGAGCUAAAGCUCCACUCGGCUGGACAAUAAAGUUGUAUAUAUUCAAAUCUAAGGAAACAUAUCAUAUCAUCAAAGUGCAUUAUCGCGUUGACCCUGACUUGGAAAGAGCCUUUCCCCUACUGGUUGCACCGCACAGCAGCGACACCGCGUGUUAAUACUCGGUCCUGCCACAAACUCCCCUCCCGGAAGAAACUACAGUCGAACUUGCUAAAUGAACAUAAACGCUGAUUGAAAUGGCGUCAGUCACGGUGCGUGGCUGGGCUCUCUGCACCGUGUCUCUGCUAAACCUUGCGUUUGUUUUCAUAUCCGGUGCAGAUUUCAUUCGGUUUAUAUCAUUUCGGGCCAUUUACCAUAACAUCACCGGGGAGACGACACUCUGUCAAGACUUCAUACCAUGGUCAGUGGCCCUGCAGGACAGCUCUGUCCUCAGGUCUCUUGCUGUGGAUCUGGGGCUGAUGGCUCUCUUCAUUACGCAGCACAGUCUGCUCGCCUGGUCACCUGUCAAGCACACCCUCCAGUCAGUGCUGGGAGCCCUGAACAGGACGGCAUACUGCUUCACCACUGCACUGGCACUCCAGAUCUUGAUGCGUUACUGGCAGCCUGUGACCGGUGCCCCCUGUCUGUGGUCAGUGCGACAUGCUCCCUGGAGCAUCUGGUUCCCUCUGCUCUGCUUCACGCUGCACUUCCUCUGCUGGGCAAUCAUCUGCAGCAUCCUCAUGAUCUUUGAUUACCCAGAACUGCUGGGCAUCAAGCAGGUGUAUUACGAGUGUCUCGGUUUAGGGGACCCUCUGUCUCACAAGUCACCUCGUGCCCAGCGCCUCCUGUCUCACCUCCGCCACCCGGUGUGCCUGGAGCUGGGCGUCGUGCUGUGGCUCCUGCCUGCCUUGUCCCUGGACAGGCUCCUGCUGGCGGGGACUCUGUCGACCUACCUGGCCCUGGCACACUCUCUGGACAAACAGGAUUUAGCCUACCUCUGUGUUCAGUUUAAAAGCAAGAUGCAGCUCUUUGCCGAGCCACACCGGGGCAGCGCCGACACCAGCAACCGGGACAACAGCAACCACAAGGAGGAGUGAAGUGAAGGUCUUCUUACUGUUGCGAUGUGAAGCUGACUGCUGUCUUAAUAUUAGCCAGAUAUAUUGGUACAAAACUGACUUCUCAAUGAGCCGGGUUAUCUGCUGUGCUGAAUAUGAACAAACAAACAUGCUCUUGCCAUUUACUGCUAAUAACAACACUUGACACUGUAUUUUUAAAUUUUUCUUUAUGUGGUUUCAGAAAGGGAGAGUUUUAUUACAAAUGGAGAUUUUAUUCCACUGUUUGAAAACACGUUCUACUAAUGAGGAUCGAUGUUUUCAAAAUGUGGCUGUUAUUAAAGAAACGUGUUGUAAUAUGUGAAUUCUGAGUCAGCACAAUGUAACGGUUACAUUUUUGAGUAUAUCUCUAUAUUCUGAUCAAAUUCAGAAAGAAAGAUUUGUCAAAAAUGUAUAUUAUACGUAAACUAUUUUUGUUUGUUUAUCACAUAGUAUAUUUUUAUAGGCUUUCCUUGUGCCAACUACAGAUACGCUGUAUUUCUCUAUACACUAAUUUCAAAUGUGAUUGUCGUCGAGAAAGAAUGUCGCCCUGAGAUUUCACCCUGGCAAAAGCAACAAAAAUGCAGCUUUGUUUUUCACAAUUUGCAGCUGUAAAGAAAAACAAGUCUCACGGCGUUUCUGAAACUAUGAAUGUAUUUCCUCAGUUCCUGGGGACACAUCAACAGUAAAGCCAGACCAAUUGUGUUCCACUGGAAUCUGAACAAACUGAAUAAAGUUGGUAUUUCAUGCCUUUUCUACGUCAUCUUACUUGGUAAUCCAAGUAACUCAUGUCAAAAGUAUUUUCCUAAAUGUGUCAUUAAUUUUCAAUCCUCAAAGUACUGUAAUCUUUGGUUUAACGUGCAUUAGUAGUAGUCUCAUGUCUGCAUUGUGGCCUCACUAAUGACAAUAAUAACUCAGUAUUUUCAUGACCAAGUUGAAUAAAUGUAAUAAGCUGUA